CUCUUCCUUUGGCUCGCUCACACUCUCUGCAUCCCUCUCCCUCCCUCGCGCACACACCGCAGCUCUCCUUCGGGUCGGAGGAGACGCCAGCCCAGGGAGGCGGGGUUGCUGGAGGAGAGUCCGCUCUGCGCAAUCCAGUCCGGGACUUGGCUCCGCCCGGAGCGUCGGCCUCUCCGGUGACACAGGAGUAGUGAGCCGCACGGGGUGAGGCUGCAGCCAACUCCGCUCCCCACGCACUCGGCUGCCUAGGCGCUCGGGACGCAGCACAGGCGCUUUUCCGCGGUGCCGACUGCCCGAGAUGCCCGCCUAGGAGCGUGCGGUCGCGGCCAGCGUCGCCACACCCGGGACAUUGCACUCGGGGUUGCAGAGCCGGCCAGAGCCCUGCACCUCUGCCUCAACCCCCCCACACCGCCCCCCGCCCUGAAAUGACUAGUUAAUGGGCGCUGGCACCGCCGAGGGGACUCAGAAGUGAAUCCAAGUGGAAUUUGGAUUUGGAAAAAGAGUUUCUUGAGCAUUUACCCUGGUCCUCGCUGGUUUUCUUCUCUUUCUGCUUUUUCCCCCCUUUUUUCUUUUUCUUUUUUCAGUUAUUUUAUUUUUAAUUUUUUUGGUCUUCCCCUCACCUCUUCUGUCAUUGGAGAUGAACACAGCUCGCUUGCAUCCCAGAAAGUAAUCGCCGUGACUGUUGCCCCCAAAGAGACAAGCACACAUGUAGGAAUGACAAAGGCUUGCGAAGGAAAGAGCGCAGCUCAAGGCCCAGAGAGAUCUCGAUAAUGGAUUACUAAAUGGGAUACUCGCCGUGUCAGUCCGCUCCGAGCCGCGGCCGCCUGCCCGUCGAUGCACCGAAAAGGGUGAAGUAGAGAAGUAAACCUCCCCGCUGAACUACUAUGCGGCCAGCAGCCUUACUGCUGUGUCUCACACUGCUACACUGCGCUGGGGCUGGUUUCCCAGAAGAUUCUGAGCCAAUCAGUAUUUCGCAUGGCAACUAUACAAAACAGUAUCCGGUGUUUGUGGGCCACAAGCCAGGACGGAACACCACGCAGAGGCACAGGCUGGACAUCCAGAUGAUCAUGAUCAUGAACAGAACCCUCUACGUUGCUGCUCGAGACCAUAUUUAUACUGUUGAUAUAGACACAUCCCACACAGAAGAAAUUUACUGUAGCAAAAAACUGACAUGGAAAUCUAGACAGGCUGACGUAGACACAUGCAGGAUGAAGGGGAAACAUAAGGAUGAAUGUCACAACUUCAUUAAAGUUCUUCUCAAGAAGGAUGAUGAUACGCUGUUUGUCUGUGGAACCAAUGCCUUCAACCCUUCCUGCAGAAACUACAGGGUCGAUACUUUGGAAACUUUUGGGGAUGAAUUUAGCGGAAUGGCCAGAUGCCCUUAUGAUGCCAAACACGCCAACAUCGCUCUGUUUGCAGAUGGAAAACUCUACUCAGCUACAGUGACUGACUUUCUGGCCAUUGAUGCGGUCAUUUACAGGAGCCUCGGAGACAGCCCUACCCUCAGGACUGUCAAGCACGAUUCAAAGUGGUUGAAAGAGCCGUACUUUGUCCAAGCUGUGGAUUACGGGGACUAUAUCUACUUCUUCUUCAGAGAAAUUGCAGUAGAAUACAACACUAUGGGGAAGGUUGUUUUCCCUAGGGUGGCUCAGGUCUGUAAGAAUGACAUGGGAGGGUCUCAGAGAGUCCUGGAAAAGCAGUGGACAUCUUUCCUGAAGGCUCGCCUGAACUGCUCCGUGCCUGGAGACUCUCAUUUUUAUUUCAAUAUACUCCAGGCAGUUACAGAUGUGAUUCGCGUUAAUGGCCGUGAUGUUGUCUUGGCAACCUUUUCCACACCUUAUAACAGCAUCCCAGGUUCUGCAGUCUGUGCCUAUGACAUGCUUGACAUUGCUAAUGUUUUCACCGGGAGAUUCAAGGAACAGAAAUCACCUGACUCUACCUGGACACCGGUUCCAGACGAGCGAGUCCCUAAGCCCAGGCCAGGCUGUUGUGCUGGAUCAUCCUCUUUAGAAAAAUAUGCAACCUCCAAUGAGUUUCCCGAUGAUACCCUGAACUUCAUUAAGACGCAUCCACUCAUGGACGAGGCAGUGCCUUCCAUCAUCAAUAGACCUUGGUUCCUGAGAACGAUGGUCAGAUACCGCCUGACCAAAAUUGCAGUCGACAAUGCUGCCGGGCCAUAUCAGAAUCACACUGUGGUUUUCCUGGGAUCAGAAAAGGGAAUCAUCUUGAAGUUUUUGGCCAGGAUAGGAAGCAGUGGUUUCCUAAAUGGCAGCCUUUUCCUGGAGGAGAUGAAUGUUUACAACCCAGAAAAGUGCAGCUAUGAUGGUGUAGAAGACAAAAGGAUCAUGGGUAUGCAGCUCGACAGAGCGAGCGGCUCACUCUAUGUUGCAUUCUCCACUUGUGUGAUAAAGGUGCCUCUUGGCCGCUGUGAGCGACAUGGGAAGUGUAAAAAAACCUGCAUCGCCUCCAGAGACCCAUACUGUGGGUGGGUAAGGGAAAGUGGUUCCUGUGCCCAUCUGUCACCCCUUAGCAGGCUGGCGUUUGAGCAGGACAUUGAGCGUGGCAAUACAGACGGCCUAGGAGACUGUCACAAUUCCUUCGUGGCACUGAAUGACAUUUCAACUCCUCUACCAGAUUAUGAAAUGUCUUUCAACAGAGUGUAUGGGCACGCCAGUUCCCUCUAUCCCAGCACCACUACGUCAGAUUCGGCAUCCCGAGACGGGUAUGAGUCUAGGGGAGGCAUGCUGGACUGGAACGACCUGCUCGAGGCACCUGGCAGCACAGACCCUUUGGGGGCAGUGUCCUCUCAUAACCACCAGGACAAGAAGGGAGUGAUUCGAGAAAGUUACCUCAAAAGCAACGACCAGCUCGUUCCUGUCACCCUCCUGGCCAUUGCAGUCAUUCUGGCUUUUGUCAUGGGGGCCGUCUUCUCGGGCAUCAUCGUGUACUGUGUGUGCGACCACAGGCGCAAAGACGUGGCAGUAGUGCAGCGCAAGGAGAAAGAGCUCACCCACUCGCGUCGGGGAUCUAUGAGCAGUGUCACCAAGCUCAGUGGCCUCUUUGGGGACACGCAGUCCAAGGACCCAAAGCCCGAGGCCAUCCUCACACCACUCAUGCACAAUGGCAAGCUGGCCACCCCUAGCAACACAGCCAAGAUGCUCAUCAAGGCUGACCAGCAUCACCUAGACCUCACCGCCCUGCCCACCCCAGAGUCCACCCCGACCCUGCAGCAGAAGCGGAAACCCAACCGCGGCAGUCGCGAGUGGGAGAGGAACCAGAACCUCAUCAAUGCCUGCACCAAGGACAUGCCUCCCAUGGGCUCCCCUGUGAUUCCCACAGACCUGCCCCUCCGGGCCUCCCCAAGCCACAUCCCCAGCGUGGUGGUCCUGCCCAUCACGCAGCAGGGCUACCAGCACGAGUACGUAGAUCAGCCCAAAAUGAGCGAGGUGGUGGCUCAGAUGGCACUGGAGGACCAAGCUGCCACCCUGGAGUAUAAGACCAUCAAAGAGCACCUGAGCAGCAAGAGUCCCAACCAUGGGGUGAACCUUGUGGAGAACCUGGACAGCCUGCCCCCCAAAGUUCCACAGCGUGAAGCCUCCCUAGGUCCCCCAGGAGCCUCACUGUCACAGACCGGCCUGAGCAAGAGGCUGGAAAUGCAACACUCCUCCUACGGGCUUGAGUAUAAGAGGAGCUAUCCCACGAACUCGCUCACGAGAAGCCACCAGGCCACCACUCUCAAAAGAAACAAUACUAACUCCUCCAAUUCCUCCCACCUCUCCAGGAACCAGAGCUUUGGCCGGGGAGACAACCCACCUCCCGCCCCGCAGCGGGUGGACUCUAUCCAGGUGCACAGCUCCCAGCCCUCUGGCCAGGCCGUGACUGUUUCGAGGCAGCCCAGCCUCAAUGCUUACAACUCACUGACGAGGUCGGGGCUGAAGCGCACCCCCUCGCUAAAGCCAGAUGUACCCCCCAAACCUUCCUUUGCUCCCCUUUCCACAUCCAUGAAGCCCAAUGAUGCGUGUACAUAAUCCGAGGGGUUGGGGGCCAGGAGUUGAAGCAUCAGAUGAGGCGAGGCACCCACGCAGCUGAGCAAGGUCUCCACUGCCUCGAGUAUCCACCCGACCAAGAUGGCCCUGGCGGAGCUGAGGACGCUGGGUCCUCCUCCCUGGGACAUAGGGAUACUCUUCAAAAUUGGGCCGUGUGGUUUGGUGAAGGUUUAGCAAUCCACCUCCUCAUUCUUUUCCUUCACACGCCUCCACGUCAUACAGCAGGUCGGACUCGCGAAAGACUUCAGUAUCAUCACAAACAUGAGCCAAAAGCACAUCUCCACCCCAUCCUCACAUGAACACAGGCACAGGCCACACUCACAUGCGUGCACUACACACACAAACACACACCACACCACACCACACCACACACGCAAUGGUAAACGACAACCACAACGUUUUGUCCCUGACUACACAGGACGUUACCAAACUUGGCUAAGCAUCCGAAACUUUAAAACACAAAAACAUUUUUUUUUAAAAAAAAAAAAUCAUGAAAAUUAAAAAAAAUAAUAAUAAAGGACUCAUUGAUAAUUCUAACUCAGACUUUAACAAUGGCAGAAGUUUACUAUGCGCAGAUACUGUGAAAUGCCCACCAGUGUUACAGCUUUGUUAUAGCAGGUAAAUGCCAUGUUGGGCAACGAUGUCAUAGAUUUCUGCUCCUCUUCGCUUUUAAUGAGUAACGUGACCGUUAACGCAAGUAACUCUUAUUUAUUGUUCGCCCCCUUUCUUUUUCCUCAAGGAAAAGACUCUUCCAAAUGCCACCACAUGAACAGCUCUGCAGAAACCCGUGGAAAGUUAAACUAUUUAACGUGAAAUCCAUUAACUGGAAUAAUUGAGUUUCUUUAUUUUUACAAUAAAUUCACUGAGUAAAUAAUUUGGAGCUGGAAUUCUGAGCUUUGUGUUUGGAUUAUCGGGUCAGUAGCUAAAGGACAGUGCUAGGAAGGAAUAUUUAUUUAAAUCUAGUUAAUUUGUCAGCUGGGUUUCUCGCCAAGAGGAAAAAAAAAUGUUUAAAAAUCCUUCCAGAGUCUAACUUCCAACCAGGACAGAAAUGUUUAGAAUGGCGCCUAAGCCCCAUUGCCAUAAACAUGGCUUUGUCUGAGGAUCCCACUGUCAGGAAGGCAUUAGCUUGUGAAACCUGCCCCCACCCGACCCCUGCCUUCUCAUUUCACCUUGCAUGUGAGACAGCAAAACAAAGAUCCACAAACUGUGUGAACUAAUUAAUAUGCUGGCUGCUACCUUGCAUAAAUUAAUGAUUUGAUCACACGGGUGUUCCAUGAGGUUACAUCUGUGAAUAGCCUGUUUUCCACAUGUAAAUUUGUGCCUUACACCCUGAGUUGUAUACACUUGUAAACUGUCGUUAUGAUCAACUUUCUUUUCCUACUUGAAAUAAAGGCAGAUAUUUAUUUAAACCCUGCCCUCCAUUCAGCCCUCUGGAAGACUGGAGACAAGCAAAUGGAACAGACAAGGUAAAGAUGGUUGUAACGCCGAAGGCUGAGUGACACCUUUCAGUUCUCCCUGCCGUCCCUUGUGCCAACUCCAGCCACCCUUUGGCCAUGCUGCAGAGCAUGGACCUCCAGUGUUGAGGGUGGAAAAACCCCCUUUCCCUUAUAUUCCCAGAUCAUUUCAAUUUGGUGACAUCUUCCUGAGCCAGCAGAGAAGGGACUGUGUUCACUGACUGGAGAAUCUUGCUGUAGUGGUUGGGGAGGCAACUGGGAGGCGUCUCUGAGCUGUGCCUUCAGCAUACCAGGGGAUGCACAGAGAAUCAAUCAGAAAAUAGACCAGGCAGGCUGGUCCCUGCUGUGAUUAAUGAGUACCCCAAAGUGCAAGCAAACCACAAUGGAUGCUGAAAAAUCCAUUUCUGGGGCAAAAAAAUUUUUUUUGUUUAUUUUUUUUUUUUAAUUCUUUUAUCUGUUUGUUGUUUGUAGAGGGUUGGGAGGGGUAGUGUGUGGUUUUGUUUUUUGGUUUUUUUGUUUUUCCCCUCCCUUGGUUUUCAUUUGCUAAAGCACCCAGAAGGAGCCUUUGUUUACUCUAUCAUGAACAAAACAAUUGUCUGCACACUGUAAACCGUGAGCAUUGUUUUCAUAUAAACAGUUUAUUUGGUGGUCUCUUUGUCUCUUUUCUUUUCCCAGUUUGAUCUGGGUUUGGUUUUGUCUUUAAUAAUAAUAAUAAAACUUUCAGGAAAAAAAAAAAGAUUGGCAAGGACAAAUUCGAAUUGGUUAUUCAAAAUUCCUAUGUUGUACCUGCCAUCUGAGCAGCACGCAGAGCCCGUGUACAGCUGAGGACAGGUACAUAGCCCUUUGUUCCGAGACUUGCCUCAGACCAGCUAGACCAUUGUUUGGGAUCCAUAAGACAUCACUAGGUUUUGUUUGGCUCUUUAGAGGAGUCAUUGUUCAUUGUGUGCACCCUGAAGCCAUGAAGGCUUUUCUAGAAGCAGACACUGUCUUCUCUCUUUCCUUUUCUUCACAAAUACAAAAAUGAAAAAGAAGGUGGGUCUCAGCCGCCCCGAUACCCUCUCUUCCUGUUUGACUCCCAAGAGCAUUGCCCCAACCUCAUGCCCAUGUUAACGGGCAUCCUUGCCUCGGUUAUGUUAAGGAGACCCGUGUCAAAACCCACAUUCCUGAACCCCACCCCCUCUCCUUUUGGUGUUAACCCCAGGGUACCACAUGUAUUGAGCUGGUCUUCUGCUUUUCCCCACCCCUCUCCCUUUCUGCCCUCACUAUGCUUUGGGGUGGGGGGUGGGAGGAGGGGAUUGUCCAUGAACCCAAGUGUGCCUUUGCUUCCCACCCCGGCCAGACAAUGUCAAUGCAACAAACGCAGACUUACAUUGGUUGUAAAGUUGUAAAAAUAUUGUGAUGUCACCAACUUUCCUUCCGUCUCCACACAUCCUAACAUCUGAUUCACAGUUUAAUGUAUGUAGUUU